AUGGCAGACAUGGCGCUUGGUUUGACCAAGAAAGCAGUGGAGGGGACUGUGAGCAGGGUCCUGGCGGCGAUCGAUGAAGACACGAAGCUGAAGUCGGCGGUGAAGCAAGACCUGCGGUUCAUCGUCGGCGAGUUCCAGAUGAUGGAAUCCUUUCUCGAGAUGGCCAACGACAACAAGGAGCGUACAAGCAACAAGGUGGUGAACACGUGGGUGCGGCAGCUCCGUGAGCUGGCCUUCGACGUGGAAGACUGCGUUGAGUUUGUCAUCCACCUGGACACCACCUCGGCCCGGGCAUUUGCUCAGUUGAAGCAGCUCAACGCCAGGGUGGACGAGGUGAGCCAGAGGAACACCCGCUACAAACUCUUGGGCGGUGAUGACUCCGGCUCCUCGACCACUCCGUCUCCGGUACCGCCGGAGCAGCUCGAAGCCGAUGCUUUCGCCUCAACGGUCGACAUCCUAAGAGACCUGUGGGAGGCCAACGCGAAGCAAAGCUCGUCGCUCAAGUGCAACCUCAAAUAUUUGGUGGACGAUGGACGGUGUAACGAGCUCAGAGUGAUCUCAGUGUGGAGAGCUGCAGGAGUAGAUGUUGAGGCCGCGCACAUUCUCAACGCAGCUUACCUUGAUCCAGAAAUCUGCAAAGAAUUCAAAGCCCGUGCCAGGGUGAAGCUGAUGCAUCCUUUUAAUAUCCAACAGUUUCUCAAGAGCUUGCUGAAUCAGCUCUACGUGACCUCGCAACAGCAGGACACACUCUCGUCAGCUCUACCUGACCUCCUCCGCACCAACGGAGACAGUGUCAUUCAGGACAAGCUCAGGCAACUAUUAAGCAAGCACAAGUACCUCGUUAUCCUAGAAGAUUUAUCCUCCGCGGUGGAUUGGGAUCUCAUCAGGCUCUGUCUACCGGACCUUGGCAAUGGCAGCCGGAUCGUCAUAUCGACGCAGCAAGUAGGGAUUGCACUUUCGUGCACGGGGGAGCCAUAUCGAGUAUUGCAGCUUGCACUACUCCCCAAUAAUGAUCGAUACAUUUAUGCAUUUUACAAGCCGUCCGGUAUUGGUAUCACAGAACUCGUUAGGCAACUUGGACAGCGUCGUGUGAUCCCGCUGUGGGGGGACAAGGGUGAUGACACCAGAAGUCUUGUGAGAGAUGUGUACGAUGCCAUACGAAAAAAGACUGCAGAAUUCAAGGGGGUAAUAAAUUUUAAAAAAUGCUGGUGGGUAAAUGUUCCCAGUCCAUUCAGUUUGGAAGGCUUUUAUCGGCGCUUGUCCGGUUAUGUCCGUCAUGGGUAUGAAAAUCCCGAAAGCUACUUUGCUGGACAAUGGAGCAAGGAAGUGUGUGAGAACCGCUACCUUUUCGUUAUUGAGGGCCUGCGGUCCAAAGAGGAUUGGGAUUUGAUAAAAGAUAAACUCGUGCCUGAGAACACUAUGAGCUGUAUCGUCAUCAUUGCAAAUGAAGAAGCGGUGGCCAAAUAUAUUGCAGAUGAAGAUAAUUCGUCGAGGAAGGACUACGAAGAACAGGAAGAAGCCAACAACGCUGCCAUUAUUGGUCCAUUAUUCGCACAAAAGGAGGAAUAUUAUUCUUGGGGCCACGACCGUUUCCGCGGCCAUGGUUGUUCUCGUAGAAUUGACGAGGCAUUGUUCCAGUUCGAGCCAUUUAUUACACCAGAUCAAGACAUAGAAUUGGUCACGGAGAUUAUUGUUGGUCACGUCUUCUCUUGUGGAGUGAAAGCGAAGCUGAGUUUCCUAGUAUUUGACGACAAGGCGCUCCAGUUUGAAAGGUUCGGGUGGGUCGACGUGCCUGAGCCGUUUGAUCUGGCCGAAUUCUCACGCCGAUUACUUCUUGAUUUCCACUCAGAUGAUCCUGGGAAAAUGGAGAAAACAGCUGUUGGUAUCAUUCAAGGACAUAACCCCAUUCAACAGUGUUACGAAAUCAUGCGUAGGCACAGGUGCCUAGUGGUUAUUGAUGGUCUGCGGUCCACACGUGACUGGGACUCCAUCGAACAAGCCCUCUGGUGCCACCAUCAUCCAGAGGCCAGUAUUCUUGUCAUCACAACUGACGAGAGUGUCGCAAAACAUUGCGUCGCUAAAGACGACUUGAGCUGUGAAAGAAUCAUCCCUAUGAGAGCUCUAGAUGACAAAUCAGCUCUCGAGCUCUUCAUAAAGGUUGCUGAGAAGCAGAAAAACGAAUCCAUUACUGAGAAAAAUUUGAAGCAUGCAGAACGCAUCGUGCCCAAGUGUGGUGGACUUCCCAAAAUAAUAGAUGCAGUGGCCAGAUCCCCUUGCUCAUUCUGGGAGAACAUAAAUAGUGACCUUGUGACUAAGUUGAAGAAUGACCCAAAAUUGAGGGGUGUUUUAUCAUGGAUGCAUUCCUAUAUUGAUGGUCGUUCAGAUUCAGUAAAGCCAUGCAUCUUCUAUCUGUCAGUCUUUCCUACAAACUACAAAAUCAGGAAGGCUCACUUGCUGAGGCGAUGGAUCGCAGAGGGUUACUGUAGAGACACAACUGGCUCUAGUGCGAAGGAGAAUGCUGAAAGGCUCUUUGAUGAGCUUUUUUCCCGGGACAUAAUCCAGACACUACCAAGCAUGCCAGUGUGCCAAAUCAGUGGGUUCUUCCGUGAAUACAUCAUCUCGCAGCCAAUGGAAGAUAAUCUUGUAUUUGUACUGGAAGGACAUCGUAAACCAAACUCACAACGCACAGUACAACACCUCACCAUAAUGGAAGACUGGGAGAGGGAGAAGCAUGUGUUUGAGAGCAUCGAUGUAUCACGGCUGCGGUCUUUGACAGUGUACGGGAAGUGGAAACCAUUCUUCAUCUCUGACAAGAUGAAGCGGAUCCGAGUGCUAGAUUUAGAGGGCACGUCUGGUGUAGAAGAUUGUUGCCUUAAGCAUAUCUUUGAGAUUCUGCUGAGUCUCAAGUUCAUCUGUCUAAGAGGAUGCAAAAGCAUUACUUGUUUGCCAAAAACAAUGGGUGGCCUUAGGCAGCUGGAGAGUCUAGAUGUCAGCGGCACCUCCAUAGUCACACUGCCACGGGCAAUCAUUAAGCUGCAGAAGAUUCAAUACAUUCGGGCUGGCUGUAAGUUUUUGCCAGAUGAAGACUGUACAUCAGCAGCAUCAGAAGUUGGUGGACAAAAGAAGUUGGUGGGCUGCUGCUGGACAUCCACCAAAUCGUCGCAAGGCAGUGAUGAUGCGGUUGGAAGCCAGCAGCCAUCAGGGACAACAGCAACACCUGAAGCUGAAGGUAGUGAUGGCGGCCAUCAGGGACAACACCAACACCACAAGCAACGACAUCAGAAGAUAAAGAAGAUGGGCCGCCGCUGGACAUCCAGACUGUCGUCCUGCAGUUGGUUCGCUCAUAAUAAUAUUAAUGGUGGUGUGGAGGUUCCUGUGGGGAUUGAGGACAUGCCUUCCUUGCAUACUCUUGGUACUGUGAAUAUCAGCAGAGGAGGUGGAAAGGACUUUCUGACCAUGCUUAAGCUCAAAACAACACUUCCCCAACUGUUCAAGCUCAGCGUGUGUGGCAUUAAUAAGGAAAACUGGAAGGAUUUAUGUGAUGCCCUCUCGGCUCAUGAUCAUCUUGAAUCAUUGUCACUGGGACUCGACAAUGAUUUCACGGAAGAUAUCUACUUCGGCAAUCUACCUAAGGCCCUGAAGAGCUUUAAGGUAUAUGGGCAUAUUCACAGAUUACCAGCCUGGAUCAAGGAUGGUCGUCUGGAGGCCAAUCUCAAAAAGUUUGAUAUUGAGGCGAUUAUAUCAAGACAAGAGUGCAUGGAUCAAUUAGUGGAAUCGUUGCCACAUACAAAGAAUGGUGGUAUCAGUCGUCGUCUUUGUAUUAAGCCGACUCGACAAGUAAGAGAGCUAGAAUUCAGGAAUGUCAUGAAUGAUGAUAUCAGUCGACCACAGGUUCUCAAGAUUGAUUGCAGCUCCGCGUUAGAGGUAGCUUUCCAAACAAACAGCAUAGCAACAGAGGUUAAUGUGCUGAUAAUCCAUUGCUAUAAAGGAUCGGAUUUCCGGAUUUCUGUUAGUGGGCUUAAGUAUCUAGAUUACCUCGAGACUGUGUGGCUUAAGGGUUUGAUGAAAAAGCAGACUACGUGGUGCACUUGA